UGUGGAGCCUUUGAGCUGGCCUUGCGUGGUCAUGACGAAAGUAAGAGCUCUGAAAAUCCCGGGAUCUUUCGUGGGUUGGUUGAUUUUGUUGCUUCUCUUGGAGUACUAAAAGAGCACCUUGAGAAUGCUACUGUGUUUAAGGGAACUUUGAAAACUGUGCAGAAUGAGCUACUGGACUGUGUGUUUUCUGUAAUGAAGGAGCAUAUAAUCAAAGAAGCACAGAGCAGUGAUUUUCUUUCAAUCCAGGCAGACGAGACUGUGGAUGUUGCUACGCAGUGCCAGCUUGUGCUUGUACUACGCUAUAUCGAUGCCAAAAACACUGUGCAGGAAAGGUUUUUUGAGUUUAUCCCUCUGCAGUCGGCUACAGCUGAUUCCAUUGCUACAGCCCUAAAAGAACGUCUUGCAACUAUUCUUCCUGAGGAUCAAAAGGCUAAGCUAAUCUGUCAGGCAUAUGAUGGAGCCAGCGUGAUGCGAGGUGCCACUGCAGGUGUUCAGAAGAAGAUACAAGAUGUGUACCCAAAUGCCCACUACAUCCACUGCUAUGCUCAUCAGCUCAAUCUAAUAAUGCAACAGGCUACUUCUCACAUAACCAAAGUUAGAUUUUUUUUUCUAACCUUAGUGGAUUUCCCAGCUUUUUUUCCAGAUCAUCCAAGCACACAAGCAUUCUUGAUAAAGUUGUGGCCCACAGACUACCAGCAUCCAGCAAUGUCAGAUGGAACUUUCACAGCCGUGCCAUCAAUACUGUGUUUGAGCACAGAGAGGACCUCAUCCGCUGUUUCGAAAGCAUACAAGACUGGUGACUUUGACCCCAUUACAGUCAGAGAGGCUGGAGCAUUUGCCAUGCUACUGGAGGAUCAGGAUUUUAAGUUCUUUCUGCAACUUUUCCACCAUAUCAUGCCUCAUGUGGACCUUCUCUAUGCCAAACUCCAGAAGAAGGUCAUAGAUUCAGUCUGUAUCCAGGAGAGCAUCCAACAGUUCCAGCAGGACAUUCAAAAGAUCAGAAAUUCUCUCCACUCCAUGGUUGGACAAAGCAGUGUAGGUAGUAAUCAGCCAGUGAAGAAGCGUCAGACACUCGGUGUACAAGACCAUGAAAGGAUUGCUGCAGAGGUGAGUUGUUGUGGAAAAUCACUGUUACACUGGUUUAUAGUAGUGUUAUUUAAUAUAUUAGGAAGAUGUGCGUUGUAGUUAGAAAUACCUUUAGUUGUGUCUAUGCUGUGUAGGUAUGUUGAUGUAAUGUUUGUCAGCAAGAUAUUUUAUUAUUUAAGUUGUACUGAAGUUUAUGGGUAAUGGGGAAUAAAACAUUUGAUUACUGAAUUUUGUAUAAUCUUGUCCCACAAAAAUGCUGUAACACAUUUCAUAACACAGCCUUAAAAAAUGGCAGCAAAUGUUAUUAAAAUCAGUAAGUUUAUAAAUAAAAUGUGUUCUUUCUUUCUAUGACUUAAUAGGACAAAAUAACAUUUCAUAUUUAGAAUGAAAAAUGUGAUUAUAAAAUCAUAAUCUUCAUGUUUGUCCUUCUCUCUUAAGGUCUCUGAUAUCAUACUGGGACACACCAGGGAGCGCUUUUCUUUCACAAACCACCUUGUUAGUGCCACACUCCUGCAGGGGGACAGAUUUGAACAAUACAACACAGCAUUUCCUGAAGAUGCACUGAGCAACACCUUAAAAGCCUAUCCAGUGCUCAAUCGAGGUAAGCUGAAGACAGAGCUUACUCUCAUCUACAGCAAGGAAGAGUUCAAAGCCUGUUGUGGUGCUGUGGGCCUACUCCAGCUGUUUAUGGAAAACAAUCUAGAAGAAGUCUUUUCAGAAACUGUCUCGCUCUUGAAGAUCCUCAUCACCACACCCAUGACCACAGCAGAAGCUGAAAGGUGCUUUUCAACUCU